AGCUACAACACCAGCAGCAACACGGACGAUACUCAUAUAUUUGGCGAUAAAGCAUUGGCCUUUGGAGGGCUCAUUCACAUCAUCCACGGAAUAAUAUAUUGGCAGAUUCCUUUUUUUUUGGUGAAGACGCACCUCUCUGCUUUAAUUGCUCUCACAGUCCCCCGCGUACAUUUUUAUAUUAUUUCUCUAUACGUCCACUUCACCUCCUGUCGUCUACUUUCGAAACACACCCUCAUAUCACAGAGCAGAGCAAAGCAGCACACCUUGCAUCAUGGGUUUGUGUCUGUCAGCAGAGGAAAAAGAGCAAAAGGAAAUCAGUCAGACCAUUGACCGUGGCCUAGAAGACGACAACAGGCGGUUAAAGAAGGAAUGCAAGAUCUUGCUGCUCGGGAGUGGAGAGUCUGGCAAGUCGACCAUUGUGAAGCAGAUGAAGGUCAUCCAUCAGGGCGGAUACAGUAGAGAGGAGCUCGCCACGUACAGGCUGACCAUCUACAAGAACCUGGUUGACUCUGCGCAGUCGCUGGUCCUUGCAAUGGAGAAGCUGCGGCUCGAGCCCAUGAAGCCCGAGAACAGGAUCAUGGCGGACUGCAUCCUCGACUACCGCGUGGAUGCCGACCCUUACUUCACGCUGAGCGCAGACAUUGUUAAUGCGAUUGACUCUCUCUACCACGACCCGAUCACUGCAACGUGUAUGGAACGAUCCAGCGAAUUUUACAUUAUGGACUCUGCACCAUAUUUUUUCAGCCAGGUCCGCAGGAUAGGCGCAGACGACUAUACGCCAAGUGUACAGGAUGUUUUGCGGUCGAGGUCCAAAACAACAGGCAUUUCGGAGACACGGUUUAACAUGGGCCAGCUCAGCAUACACAUGUUUGACGUUGGGGGACAGCGAUCAGAGAGGAAAAAGUGGAUUCACUGCUUUGAAGCAGUGACCUCUAUCAUCUUUUGUGUUGCGCUAAGCGAGUACGAUCAAGUUUUGCUUGAGGAAUCAGGACAGAACCGCAUGGCCGAAAGUCUUGUGUUGUUCGAGUCAGUUAUUAACAGUCGCUGGUUCUUGCGGACAUCUAUCAUCCUAUUCAUGAACAAAAUCGACUUGUUUGCAGCCAAACUGCCCAAGGUACCGCUGGAGAAAUUUUUUUCGGACUACACAGGCGGUCCAGAUAUCAGCAAGGCAGCAAAGUACAUUCUCUGGCGGUUCACUCAGACUAACCGAGCCCGCCUCCACAUAUACCCACACAUGACUCAAGCAACGGAUACUUUAAACAUUCGACUCGUGUUUGCGGCCGUCAAGGAAACAAUUUUACAGAAUGCGCUGAAGGACAGUGGAAUUUUGUGAAGCAAAUGAGAGAAAUAAAAAAAGCGCAAAAAACAUCUA